AUGAAGAGAAAGAUAGAUUUGGUUAAAGAAGAACACGAGAGUGAACAUGAAGAAAGUGAAAGUUCUGGUGAUGAAAGCGAGGAUGAAGAACCAAGAAUAAAAGAAGAACCAAGAAUAAAAGAUGUUUUGAGUCAUCUUUCCAGCGCAGUGUCGGAAAAGCGUGCUUCUGAUUUGCUGCAUAGUAUGGCUGCCUCCAAAGAUAUUCUUUUCUGGACUCCCAGCGGACAAUUACUUCGAAAUAAACGCACUAUUCCCGUCGCAAACAUCGCCGAGCUAGGUGAGUAUGUGUUACUCCCUCAUAACAAUGAGGUUACCAAGCCUCGUGCGCUAAAUACGUUUCUAGAAGGACUUGCAGACAGGGGCACCCAACGACGAUAUAGUUCAAAACCACUUAACAUAGCAUUGUUGAACGAAUUUUAGUAUUUAAAGGGUAGAUAUAGGCAUAUUUUUAUCCCCUAAAAACUUUUCAUCUGUUCGGAUUUCCUAGCUGAAAGUCUAGUGAUCCGAAAAUUAUAGGGAUCAAAACUUACCUUUUCGAAAAUUUAAGCCAGGAAAAGGCUCCCGAAAAUUCUAGGUGGCCUUUUUUAGGGUAAAAAUCCGUUAAAAAUGGGUAAUUAUACCAUUUUGAAGAUGUUCGAAAAUCCUAGGAGAGGCAGGCAAGCAAGAAAUUUUACAACAAAUGUUCCGAAAAUUCUAGAUCUCAAAUCGUCUUCCGAACAGAUAUUUUCCGAAAAUUGCCGUUGGGUGCCCCUGUUGCAGAGUUAGGAAUCGAUAAAGGUUUAAUCAAAAACAAAAAGUUUUUAAGUGAUUUAAUAGAAAAGGAAAAAGGCUACCGAAAUGUAGAAAAUACUUCCGAUAAUGAGAGUAGUAAUGAGGAGAGUUCAUCGGAUAUUGAAAAUCAGGAGGAGGAGGAGGAAGUGGCUUCUGAGAAUGGCGUUGAAACUGAAGGCACCCAAGAGAACGACAACGACACUGAAAACGAUAGUGAGGAAGCAGAAAGUAGUAGCCCUGAAACGUCCACCACCUUUCACUCUAAAAGUCCCUGUGAACGUUGCGAAAACUCUAAUGUGUAUUCCACAUUGAUCAUGAAAUGUCCUAAAUGCUUUUGGCACGAUAACUACAAGAUUUGUCCUAUAUGCGAUCACCAGAUCCCCGAGGAGAGAAAAUACAUCAAAGAGGGCUUUCUUCGGUGUCACGAUUGU